GGAGCGCCCAGCGGGAUGGCCUGGAACACCAACCUCCGCUGGCGGCUGCCGCUCACCUGCCUGCUCCUGCAGGUGGCCAUGGUGGUCCUCUUCGGCGUCUUCGUGCGCUACGACCCCGAUGCCGAUGCCCACUGGAUGGAGGAGAAGGGACCCGGGAACCUCUCCAGCGACCUUGACAAUGAAUUCUACUAUCGCUACCCCAGCUUCCAGGACGUGCACGUGAUGAUCUUCGUGGGCUUUGGCUUCCUCAUGACCUUCCUCCAGCGCUAUGGCUACAGCUCCGUGGGCUUCAACUUCCUGCUGGCGGCCUUCGGCAUCCAGUGGGCGCUGCUGAUGCAGGGCUGGUUUCACUCCUUCCACGACGGCUACAUCUUCGUGGGCGUGGAAAACCUCAUCAACGCGGACUUCUGUGUGGGCUCCGUCUGUGUGGCCUUCGGGGCAAUUCUGGGCAAAGUCAGCCCCGUCCAGCUGCUCAUCAUGACUCUCUUCCAAGUGACCCUCUUCUCAGUGAAUGAGUUCAUCCUCCUGAGCCUGCUAGGGGUAAAGGACGCAGGGGGCUCCAUGACCAUCCACACAUUCGGUGCCUACUUUGGACUCACAGUGACCUGGACCCUCUACAGACCCAACCUGUAUCAGAGCAAGGAGAGGGAGGGUCCCGUGUACCAGUCCGACCUGUUUGCCAUGAUCGGCACCCUCUUCCUGUGGAUGUACUGGCCCAGCUUCAACUCAGCUGUGUCCAACCACGGAGAUGCCCAGCAUCGAGCUGCCAUCAACACCUACUGCUCCUUGGCAGCCUGCGUGUUGACCGCAGUGGCGAUGUCCAGUGCCCUGCAAAAGAAAGGCAAGCUGGACAUGGUGCACAUCCAGAACGCCACGCUGGCUGGAGGGGUGGCUGUGGGCACCGCCGCGGAGAUGAUGCUCAUGCCUUAUGGCUCCCUCAUUGUCGGCUUCAUCUGCGGCAUCGUCUCCACCCUGGGCUUUGUGUACCUGACGCCAUUCCUGAAGUCCCAUCUACGGAUCCAGGAUACAUGUGGCAUCCACAAUCUGCAUGGCAUCCCGGGCAUCAUCGGCGGCAUUGUGGGUGCUGUGACAGCGGCCUGUGCCACCAGUGACAUAUAUGGAGAGGAAGGGCUUGUCCGUGCCUUUGACUUUAAAGGUUCUAAGAAAAACUGGUCCCCAAGCAUGCAGGGCUGUUUCCAGGCUGCAGGCAUCUUUGUGUCCCUGGCCAUGGCUCUGGUGGGCGGUCUCAUUGUGGGAUCCAUUUUAAAAAUACCAAUCUGGGGACAACCUGCAGAUGAGAACUGCUUUGAGGAUGCCAUCUACUGGGAGGUGCCUGAGGAGCACAAGGAGACUGCCUUACAUCCUGAGGACUCUACCCUCAAGCCAUCAGAACCUUAAGCUCCCAGGGCAGGUGAAAAGCAGGCUUCACAGACCUCCCAGUGCUUCAGGAGGAGCUGGUGCUGGCAAAGCUGGGUACACAAGGACAAGGGGAGCAGCACCCCGCCUGCUGGCGUGGCGCAGGGUGCCGCCACCCCUCCAGAGGAUGGAGAAGGAGGAGCAAUAGACAAAGUGGCAUCCAAGCCAGGUGCCUGCUGCAGAGGGCCUGCCUCCAGGGGUCUUGGUGGCCCCAUCCUAAGAAAAGCAGGCAGGAGGGGGGCUGAGCCUGGAAGUGGACCUGAGCCAUCCCAGGUGACAACUUGGCUGCCAGUCAUCAACUGCUGGGUUCUCCCCCCAUGCUGGGCUCUCAGCCUGCACAUCCCAUAUUCCCUGGUCCCCCAGACCUCUGUGCCAUAUG